AUGAAUUAAAUAGAAGAUCUCGUUAGUGCUUUGAGAAGUGGAACUCUAGACCCUAAAAAUCUCCUUAACCGAAUGGAGGAGCUUGAUGUAUCUGAUAUUAAUCCAAUAAAUGAUUCUUCAUACCGAAUAUCCUAAAUCAAAGAGUCAACUUUAACAGCCUCUUAACUUAAUGGUGGGAAUUCAACUGGAAAUAGUUGCGGUGGAGGCAUGGGGUUUUCUAGUGGUUUUAAUCCCUACUCAAGCUAGCAUCUUAACAUCAGCUCUUUGAAGCAAAGAACUUCCAUUAAUAAUCUAAGUAAUGUUAAAAGUCUAGAGCGAAUUGAUGAAAGGAAUAGAGUUUACUCAGACCAAUCUUUAAAAAGUACUUCUACCUAGCAUAUUUUGUCCUAAGUUGAUUCGCCAUAAAUUAUGGAAAGCAAAAUGAUUCAUAGAUAAGAAUCGAUUAGUGUAUUCUCUGAUGAAAUAGACUAUCCCUAUGUUAGCGUUGUAAAUAAGCCAAAGAGUUCAUUCAUUCAGAACCUAGACAUAAAAAUAACUAAUACCUCAGAAACACCUAAUUUGCAAUUGAACUAGAAUCAAUAGUAAUAAGAUAUGAGAGACAGGGAUAGAGAUAGCUUAAGUUUUUCAAUCACAUAAAGAGAGGAGGAGGAACUUAAACAAUGCACCUUCAAGCCACAACUAUGUCCUAAUUCAUUGAAAAUGGCUUAAAACAAUGAGAAAAUUGAGUCUAAAGCAGAUAAAAUAGCAAGAUUAAAAAUUUUAAGAUAGUAAAAUCUAAAAGCCAUUCAGGAGUAUAGAGAAUAGAUGUAGUUUUAAGAGAAUUGCACAUUUAAACCUUAAAUUUGUGAGAAUAGUUCAAUAAUUAUGUAAAACAGAAUCUUAAAAAUGCAAUAAACCGAGUCAUUCGAUAGUUAUUACCCAGCACACUGUACAAAUGAUUGUAAAGAAGAUACAAUCUCUCAUAAACCAACAGUAAAUGAGAUUAAACCUCAGCAUAUUUCAUAGGAGUUGAAUAGGUACUUGAAUAGGGAUGUAGUAGAAAGACUUACUUCCCCAGCUAAUGAGCUUCAAAAAUAUGUCAGAAAUUCUUCAACUAAUAAAAAUACUGACUCAAGCAAUAAAGUAUUAAAUAUCCUUAUGAACAGCUCAAGUAAUUAGGGAAAUACUUUUAAGAAUCAAAUCUAACAGAAUGAUAAGAGCAGCAAAGAGUCAUUCAAGACAGUAGUAGACUAAAGUAAAAAUCUAAGUUUCUCUGAAUUAAAAACUUUUUGGCUACUUUUACCUAUCAGAUCUACAGCCUAAAACUCACUAAGAUAAGAUAAUGAACUUGAAUAAUAAGACUCAACCCCAAUCAAAUAUCCAAACUACCUAGGUUAAACAAAUAAUCAAAGUUAAAAUCUUAAAACCUUUUAGACUGAAUCUCAAGAAAGAGAUAUCUAAACACUUUAAGCUUCUAAUAACCAUAGACAUAAUCGAGAGAGCUUCUCCUAGGGAAAGAUUCAUUAAACUGCAGAAGAAUAUACUGAAUAUUGUAAAAGAAGAACUACUGUCAAAAAAGCAGGGUUUAUCAUGAAAAACUCUAUCAAACCCUAAUCUAGAGAAUCUAGAGACUCACAAUAAGUUUCUAAAAUCAACGUAAAUAUUAGCAAUCAAGAUCAUUAGGGCUAAAAGUUUAUGAGUGAAAUGAAUUUUGAUUAAAGAUAAAAGGCUCUACUCCAGUAAAAGCAAGCUAAGCAAUAAUAAUAGCAGUAAGUACUCUAAGCCAAGUCAUCUGCAACUUUUAAUUAGAACAAUCAGAGGCCAAGUCUAAUGAAAUCUAAAUAAAAUUCGCUAACAUCAUUUAACGAAAGGCUAGAGUAAGAUAAUCAGAAACGAUAAGUGAAGUAAGUACAAUUGAAAUAAUAGGCAAAGUACAGCUUUCAUCCUUAGAUCACAGAGAAGGCGAAAUAGCUGGAGGAUAAGCAAGAAAUCGAGCGUAGAGUCAAGCAAAAAGCUCAGUAAAAAUAGUAGUAAUAUAGAAUUAUGCAGUAAAAUAAAGAAAACCAAGAGGCUUCAAUGAGUCAGUCUAAUUACUCUUAGCACGGUGUUAAGUCGGAACACUAAUCAAGUAGGUCUAGCAUGAUAGCGUUGUAUUAGCAUGUUGAGCCUAAACUUAAGAAAGAUAAUAUGCAAGAAUGUGUAAAGCAGAUCUAGGAAAACUUGAAGACUAAAUAUAUGAGGAUUAAGGAAAAAUAAGAUAAGAUGCGGGAAAUUAAGGAAUUAGAAGAAUGUACUCAUUAGCCUAAAAUUAACAAAUGA